CAUCCUGUAGCGCUCCACCACUCGAUCUUUCCUUCUUUACUACUCGCCCUGCACCACUAAAUGCGACCAAACCGCCGCAUCAUCUCUAUGAGUCGUCCACACCUCGCACACUCUUUGCACUUGCAUGAGAGCACCACUGUAUGUCAGACACUUGUAUAGUCUGCUUAGGAGACUUGAGCGGUGGGAAUGGUGAAGUUUCAGCUCUGUCCACCACCCUUGCCAAGUCUCCGCAGUCUGAACCCAGCGCCUCCGCCAUCAAGGUCGAACUUGACGAAGUAAAGCCAAAUAUCUCGCAUUUACAGCCUGAAGAUGGCGCUUCUGACAAUCGUAUUGCACAUCUCCGGCCUUGCGGUCACCAUCUGCACAAUGAGUGCCUCACCCCCUGGGUCGAGAGGGCAAAUAGUUGUCCAAUAUGCCGAGCCAGCUUUCACUCAGUUGACCUAAUGCACACGAUCAACGGCGAAGUCAUCUCUACCUACAAAGUCGAGGACAAAACCCAGGUUGCCGAUAUAGACCCUUCUAUGUUUCUCGAGCUACCAGACGAAGAGGACGAAGAUCAACCCUGUCAGGCUUGCGGUGAAGACGAUAACGAAGAUGUACUGAUGUACUGCGAUGGAUGUCAAAAGUUGUGGCAUACUUAUUGCGUUGACCUCCAAGAGGUGCCGUACGGACACUGGUUUUGUGACAACUGCAGGGCGCAGCGUGACGUUGAUCCUCGACAGGGCGUUACAAGACCUCGUCGCGCGACACGUCGUCGUACCCGAGGUCAGCAGCGAAGGCAACGCACGUCUCAAACUGUCCAUGAUCUCAGUUGGAACCAAAUCUGGCAAAAUGUUUGGUCUCGCAUCAACCUCGAUCUCGACUUCCCAUAUGAGGAGGAUGAUUCUGCCACGUAUUUCAGACGACACCGAGAGCACAACCAAGCAAACAGACAAGCACACGAUGCAUGGCUGCGUCGGAUGCAGGUUGCAGAAUUGCAUGGCGCUGGGAGUCGUUUUAGAGAAACAGAGCCAGCUCUUCCUAGCAGCCCUGCAGCACACUCUAUUCCCAGAGGUCCUGUUCGAGCUUCUCCUAUUGCGCCAACAGAGGACGCUGAUGAGCUCAUGGCAUGGCACGCCUUUGAGCAGGCAACACGUGGCCCAUCGAGCGAACCAGGUUCCUCACGCAAGAAGAAAAGGAAAUCUCGCACAUCCUCUCCAGCAGCGACCGAGGAGCCGGCUGCUCCUACCAUCAAGCGGAGGAGGAUUAGCCAAUCUACUCGCACAACACCUGAACGAAGCUCGCCCAUUGCAGGCCGCACAUUGCCCGCAAUGGGCCCGCGCCUCGCAAGUCCAAUCCCUAGAAGACAGCCUGCGGUUGAGUCAGCUGCUCCGAGCUUCCUCCAGUCGCUAUUGCAAGAAGUCGAAGACUCGAGUACGAGUUCUCAUUCCAACCUCCACAGACCCUCUCCUCGUCCUGCUGGCAGCCCUGCUGCGGAACAGGUCUCUCCACGACCGUCUUCCCCUGCCGUUUCACCACUUCCUUCAACCCAUUCGUCUCCUCGUGCCACAUCGGCCACCCCUCCACCUACCACAUUGAGACCCAGCUCUCCCGCUGGCCUGACUUCAAGUAUUCAACCCGUAUUUCCCUCGACGGAUCCACCAUAUCGGCCUGUUUCUCCUGGUAUCAACGGGUCUAGAACCGCAGAUCGGCGGCCCAACGCGUCGAAUUCUUCUAGUACUCCAUUGGCUCAGCCAAAGCCACGCAGCCGGAUCCCUCCAAUUCUCAACCCACCUGUGACGAACGAAGUCAUUCCAAUCAAACCGACAGCUGCCGAGUCAUCACCAACACGGGCGACCAUGUCUCUCAACGCCAAAGCCGAUGUGCAAAAGCUUGUUGCGACUGCGCUGAAGCCACACUAUAAUGAACAAACUAUUACAAAGGAUGAAUACACGAAUAUUAACCGUGAAAUUUCGCGAAUGUUGUACGAUAAGAUUGGUGACUCUGGAGCGUUGGACGGAGAUGGCAAGGCCCAGUGGGAGAAAGUUGCGGGUGAAGAAGUGAGCAAAGCUAUCAAUUCUCUGAGAGCACAGGGAUGAUGCACUCACUGUGUGAGAGUGAUUGUUUUUCGGCAAGGGGAUGCCCAUGGCAAGCGGAUUUGUGACGAGAUCAACGAUUUAACGACUUUUGAGAGCUGUGAUGGUUUACGAGCGUUGGACAGGGAGUCGAGACGUUAAGAUGCGAUGAACUAGUCUCUUGUCACUGAGGGUACUCUGCUUUGGUUUUCUGCGCAUGAGCGAUUGAUGGUCGCUUGAUGGAGAAAUAGGGAUGUGAGAAGGAUGGUAGUUUCGAGUCUGCAUGUUUACGCUUGCACGCGUUCAGACGAGCCACGAUACCCAUCAUGGAUCAUUGGGUUUGGGAACAAUCUGUGGACUGUAGAGAUAGCUCAGAACCGACCGGAGCAGUACUCCUUUGUGCAGAAGCAGAUUUGAUCAUCUUC